AUGUUUCAUUUGCAAGAAGAGGUCACUGAGUUGCAUAGACAAAAAGGGAGCCUCGCUCAAAACGUCAUCGAACUCAACAAAGUCCUGCAGGAGAAGGAUAGUUUACUGCAAUCUAAAUCCGGGAAGAUCUCAGAGUUAGACGAUUGCCUGAAGGUUAGCCAGAGACAAAACCGUCAGCUGUUAGAAAGUGUUAAAGAACUUGAAGAAGUUAAAGAAUUGCUUACAGAUGAGCAAGCCUCUCAUUUGCUGGCCAUUAAAGCUCUAGAAACAAGAAACAGACAGCUUGAAGAUGAUAAUGUUCAACUAAUCAAGAGAAUUAAGACUCUCCAAAAUACUGUCGAAAGGCUAAAGAAUAUUGAGUAUGAUGUGCACUACAGAAAAACUCAGGAAACCAUUCGCAAAAAUCUUCAAGAUGCAGCCAACUCAACUAUUUUCGUCGCUGAUAGUGAUCCUGCUGACAAACCAUUACCGUGCAAGUCUGCACUUCCUCAUAGUGUUGCUGUCAAAAUAGAUGCUAAUGAAGGCGAAGUAAACAGCGUCCGUUUCACCCCAUCAGGUCAUAUAUUUGGAUCAGCAGGCUUUGAUCGUAAACUACGAUUAUGGACCUACAUCAAUGGCAAGUGUGAAGUUCAUUCAACGCUCCUCGGUUGCAAUGCUGCCGUCACUGCCAUAGAUUUUGAUGCAAACGAAACUGCCGUUUUGGGUGCAUCUAGUGAUUUUUCAUGUCGUGUAUGGACAUUGAAUGAUUCAAGGCUUCGAGUCAACUUAACAGGUCAUUCUGAACGUGUUAUUUCAGCAAAGUUCAUGGGUUCAGCCAACCGUGUCGUUACUGCUUCAUCGGAUAGGACUAUCAAACUCUGGGAUGUUGACAAGUGCUGUUGCAAGCGCACCAUCAUGGCUGCCUCCACAUUUCAAGAUGUAGUUGUUUGUCCUUCUAUGUCCGCUCUUAUCACUGGUCACUUUGAUCAGCACUUACGUAUUUGGGACGAACGAACUGGAGAAAAUACCGGCAAGAUUUUGCUCUCCGGACGUAUUACUGGUAUGGAUAUCUCCUCAGAUUUCACAACUGUUUUGGCUUGUACUCGUAACAAUACCUUAGAAAUAGUGAAUUUACGUAUGAAUCUAGUAACACAAUGUUUAAAGGCAGAUGGCUUCCAGGCGGGUUUGGAUAUUGUCCGACCAUGUUUCUCACCGGACUCAGAUUAUGUAGCUGCAGGUGGACAUGAUGGUGGAAUAUACAUUUGGAGCACAACUUCAGGCAAUUUAGAAACAUGCCUCCGAGAACACACAAAUAUUGUCGUUUGUUGUCAUUGGAAUCCAAAUGGUAAUUCUCUAGUUUCAUGUGAACGGAUUAAAAAGGCAAUUGUUUGGUCUAGCUUGUAAAAUUAUACGACUACAAUUCCUUUCAGUAUAUAAUAUUUACUUAUAAUGUUCCAGACAAACAUUUCUUCUUAGGGGAGUUGUACUAACUAACCUAAUGUGCCCAGUAUUACUUAUUGGUUGUUAUCUUGUUUGUGUGUUACUCUUUCAAAGAUGUUUCUCCCCUGUUUGGAAAAAAAAUGAAGUGUUUGCAUAUCAAGUUAAAUGCGAUAAUAAUAAUAAUAAUAAUUGUGUGAUGGGUUUCAUCGUGUAUUAUUUUAUUGUUUGGGAAAAAUGACCAUCUCUG